GCACAAAUCGAAAUGUAAACAAAAAACAAACUCUGUAAGUAAGAGUUGAUCACACAAAAUAUAAUAAAUUGACAGUAAAAGUUAAAAGUAUUCAAAAGAUUAAACCGUUAAUUAUUACAAUGGUCAAUUGUUAAUAAAAUAAUUAUGCCUGCGUUUCAUGAAUCAUGUGCCGAACAAAUUCAAGCCCAAACAGUCAUAAUUAUUCACCCAGGGUCCCAGAAUGUCAGGAUAGGAAGAGCCUCUGAUUUAAAUCCAGUGACAAUUUUGCAUGCUGUUGCGAGAAAGAGGUUGCCCAAUGGAAUCCCAUAUCAGGAUGAAUUUCUACCGGCAUUGGUACCAAAGACAAAAGAGUUGACCCAAGCGAUGGAAGAGUCGCGAUUACAAGUCUCACAUACCUUACAAUCUUGCUUGCAAUCAGAUGGACGCAGGAGGUACGCAACGCCUCCACAGCAAAUAGCAGCCUUCAAUAGGAGGUCUAAUCCUGAGACAGUUUCAUCAAAUAACGUUGAAUGGAUAAAAAGUGACAGAGAUGUAAUCGUCGGCGAGGACAUACUGACCCUAAGUCCAGAAGAUAAUUAUAAUAUUCAUUUUCCAUACCGUCGUGGUGAUCUCAAUGUUCAUUCGGGACCAGGUGGAAGCAUCACCGCGAUAUUGGCGGAUUUAAAAACUAUUUGGGAGUACGUUAUCACUGAAAAACUUGGGAUUCCUGUUAAUGAGUUGAAACAUUAUCGAGCUGUUCUUGUUGUACCUGAUAUAUAUAAUAGACAAUAUUUGAAAGAAUUGACAACUUUGUUGCUUUGUGAAAUGGACUUUGGUGGCUGUUUUUUAAUACAGGAUCAUGUAGCAGCAACUUUUGGUGCUGGUUUAGGAUACGCAUGUGUCGUUGACGUGGGCCAUGAAAAGACAUCAGUUUCUUGCGUUGAAGACGGUAUUUCUCACAGGAAUACUCGGGUGAGAAUGGACUAUGGGGGUGGCAAUAUAACGCAGACAUUUUAUUGGUUAUUACAAAAAUCUGCGUUCCCUUAUAAAACCUGUCAGCCUUCAAAUAAAUUGGAUGCGGUACUGCUGGGUGAGCUUAAAAAAGAUUUCUGUCACGUAGAUUUAAAUAUUUGCGGUUCUCAGGAAAAAUCAUUUCUUGUUAAGCAACCGAACGCGCCUAUUGAAAAGUACACACUUCAGGUUGGUGAUGAAUGUUUGAUAGCUCCACUCAGUCUGUUUCAACCCGAGCUGUUUAAAAUAACUGGAAUACAUAACGUCCAUAUCCAAAAACGUUACAUGGGAGAUCCGGAAGAUCCUCAUGAUGAAAAUUAUCUGCGCGAAACUAGUAGGAGAGGAAUGAAAGAGAAUUUAGAACAGACAUUAGAAAUGCCAGAGGAAGUUGCCGCUCCUGCAGCGACAGCUGAUGAAGAAGUUGUAGUUGAUGCUGUAGAUACUGCACCAAUGGCUCUUUCAAAUCGCGAUCUUGAUGCUCCUCGAGACUUUGUAGUUGGUCCUCAACAGCUCCUAGGUCUUGACCAUGCAAUUUUACAGAGUAUAGAUCGUUGCCCAACGGAAGAUUUGAAACGUAAAAUGUACAGUUGCAUUUUGGUAGUCGGGUCCGGAAUGAAAUUUCAGGGUAUUGGCAUGUGGCUGCAUAACAGAAUAUCUCUACAAAUUCCUUUUAUGUAUAGAGCUGAGCAACUAGACAUAAUAACGCAGCCAAAAGAAAUGGAUUCGGGAAUGACAGCGUGGAAAGGAGCAGCAAUACUGAGUUGUUUGGAGUCAGCCCAAGAACUGUGGAUCAGUCGUCAGGAAUGGGAACAUCAUGGGGUUCGUGUGCUACGAGAAAGAGCGCCAUUUAUGUGGUGACGUUAACCAAUGUAGAAAAAAAUAAAUAAAUUAUUUUAUUAAUUUUAA